UCUCUUUCUCUGUUGCAUUCCUUGCCAGAAGCUGCAAGCUUCACUUGGAUCUCCUCCUUGCCAGGGUUGGAGUGUAUAGGACUUUAAAGAUGCUGCUGGGUCUCCACAAGCUCUCCAUGUGACUGGGACCUUAUUAUUUGCUCUCUUGGUUGCCAGCUGAAGAAGCCAAGACACCCAGGAUCAGCAAAGGAUAUUUGGAUAGCAAUAUGGGUAUGCUCUAUGGAUUAACAUUUACGUGUUGGAUGUAACCUCGGAUUUUGCACUGGACUUGGAGUAAGGAUCGAGGACUGUUUAAAUACACACUACCAAAAAUGAAGAAAGGCUUUUGUUUACAUGGCAUUUUGCUAUGCCUGGGUAUCGCAUACUGUAGUCACCUCUCAUCGUCGCGGAGGAGCAGUAAGUUAAGGCAGUCUUAUCACGGACACCAUGAAAAGGGCAAAGAAGGGCAAGUUUUACACAGAUCCAAGAGGGGAUGGGUAUGGAACCAGUUUUUUGUAAUAGAGGAAUACACCGGACCAGAUCCCGUGCUUGUUGGACGGGUAAGACUCAAUCUACAUUCAGACGUGGACUCCGGGGACGGGAAGAUUAAGUACAUACUCUCAGGGGAAGGCGCUGGGACCAUUUUUGUUAUCGAUGACAAAUCAGGGAAUAUUCAUGCAACCAAGACCUUGGACCGGGAAGAACGGGCCCAGUAUACGUUAAUGGCGCAGGCGGUGGAACGGGAAACUAAUAAGCCCUUGGAACCCCCCUCGGAAUUUAUCGUUAAAGUCCAGGAUAUAAAUGAUAACCCUCCAGAGUUCCUACAUGAAAACUACCAUGCCAAUGUGCCGGAGAUGUCUAAUGUGGGUACAUCGGUAAUCCAGGUCACGGCUUCAGACGCAGACGACCCUACGUAUGGAAACAGCGCUAAGCUAGUCUACAGCAUUCUCGAAGGACAACCUUAUUUCUCGGUGGAAGCACAGACAGGAACUAUCAGGACGGCACUCCCGAAUAUGGACAGAGAAGCCAAGGAGCAAUACCACGUUGUCAUUCAAGCAAAAGACAUGGGAGGUCAUAUGGGUGGACUCUCAGGGACAACCAAAGUGACAAUUACUUUGACAGAUGUCAACGACAACCCACCAAAGUUCCCUCAAAGUGCAUACCCUAUGUCAAUAUCAGAGGCAGCUGUUUCAGGUGAUGAGGUGGGACGUGUAAAAGCCAAAGAUCCAGACUUGGAAGAGAAUGGAGCCGUCAAGUAUCGCAUUCUAGAUGGAGAUGGGGCAGAAGUAUUUGAAAUCACAACAGACUAUCAAACUCAGGAGGGAGUUGUCAAACUCAGAAAGACAGUAGAUUAUGAAGAAAAGAAGUUCUACAGUUUGAAAGUGGAGGCUGCUAAUAUCCAUAUAGAUCCACGAUUCCUCAGCCGAGGGCCUUUCAAAGACACUGCCACUGUGAAAAUUACUGUAGAAGAUGCUGAUGAACCACCGAUAUUUAUGGAUCCAAGCUACAACUUUGAAGUGUUCGAGAAUGCUCCAGCAGACACGAUCGUUGGAAGAGUUCACGCCAAGGACCCUGAUGCAGCAAAUGUUCCAGUAAAGUAUUCAAUCGAUCGGCACACUGACCUUGACAGAUUUUUCAACAUCCAAGAGGAUGGUUACAUCAAAACCACAAAGGCUUUGGACAGAGAGGAGAAAGACUGGCACAACAUCUCUGUGAUAGCAAGCGAAGCCUCCCAUAAUGCUUUUUCAAGAAGAGUACCUGUGUCGAUAAAGGUCUUGGACAGAAAUGACAAUGCUCCAGAAUUUCCUGAACCGUAUGAGGCAGCUAUUUGUGAAAAUGCACCAAUGAACAAGAAUGUUUUAAAAAUAACGGCAGUUGAUAAAGAUGACACGGCCAACGGAGCCCGAUUCUCAUUCAACUUUCUACCAGAACAUACGCAUACGAAUUCAAACUUUACCUUAAGAGACCACAGAGAUAACACAGCAAGCCUGCACAUUGGACGAGUAUCUUUCAGCCGUCAGAAACAGAAAAUACAUUUGCUUCCUAUUGUGAUAAGUGAUGGAGGAAUUCCGCCGUUGAGCAGUACAAAUACCCUCACCAUCCGGAUAUGCAGCUGUAACAGUGACCAGAGUGUCAUUUCUUGUAAUGAUGAACCACUAUCACUGAAUGCAGGGCUCAGUACAGGAGCAUUGAUAGCCAUUCUGGCCUGUAUUGUCAUUUUAUUAGUGAUUGUGGUGUUAUUUGUUGCAUUACGGAGAGAAAAGAAGGAACCUCUGAUUGUUUUUGAGGAGGAAGACAUCCGUGAGAACAUAAUAACUUACGACGAUGAGGGUGGUGGAGAGGAAGACACCGAAGCUUUCGACAUUGCCACUUUGCAAAAUCCUGAUGGAAUUAAUGGGUUUAUUCCACGAAAAGACAUCAAGCCCGAGUACCAGUUCUCACCACGAGAUCUUGGCUUAAGACCGGCUCCAAACAGUGUCGACGUUGAUGAUUUCAUUAACACGAGAAUACACGAAGCUGACAGUGACCCAACCGCACCUCCUUACGAUUCUAUCCAAAUCUAUGGAUACGAAGGAAGAGGAUCCGUGGCGGGCUCUCUCAGCUCUUUAGAAUCCGCCUCAACAGAUUCGGACCUGGACUAUGAUUAUCUACAAAACUGGGGACCUCGAUUUAAGAAACUAGCAGACUUAUAUGGCUCCAAAGACACUUACGAAGAUGAUUCUUAACGAUAAUGUACUAAUCUUGGCCUUAAGAACUGUGUUACGUUCUCAAAAAGAAAAAGCAGAAAAAAUCAUUAACAGGUAUUUUUUUUUAAAGGAAAGAUAAAAUAAAAGAGGCCUAUUUGACCUUAAAAGGUUUACGAGGCAGAAUUUCUUCACGAAUAAGGACUUUAGUGGUGGUAGAUACUGUGAAAACCCUACAGCCUGUGUUGCAGUUGUCAGUUAUCUGGGACUAAACCACUUAUCAAACUGAGAUGGGACCGAGAGAAGCAGGAAAACACUUGAUCUAAAGGGGAGUCUUUUUUUUACAGUAUGUAACAUAACCAUCCAGAUCUAUGUCCGACAAAGCUUCCACAAAAAAAGUUAGAAAGGAUAACAGUUUUGAGCUGUAACGUCGCCUUAAACUAUGGACACUUUAUAUGUAGUGCAUUUUUAAACUUGAAAAAAAAAAAAUAUACAAAAAUGACAAAAAAAUACACUAUAAUAUUCAGCCAGCUUCAACUCAUAUUAUGUAUGUACAGUAAAAUGUACAAUUAUAAUGUCUCUUGAGCAUCAGACUUGUUACUGCUGAUUCUUGUAAAUCUUUUUUGCUUAUAAUCCCGUCUUAAAACUAAUACGUGCCAGAAUCGCACCCUAUUUCUAUGUCAUUUUUAAUGUAUCUAUUUGUACAAUUUUAAAAUUCUUAUUUUAGUAUACAUACGAAAAUAUCAGUAUUCUGACAUGUUACGGCAUCACACUUAUAUUUUAUGAACAUCGUACUGUUGCUUUAAUAUGUGCUUCAAUAUACGAAGCAAACUUUGAAAUAAAAUUGACUUUUUUUAUU